AUCCCAAACCCAACCCAGAAAGAUUGAUAACCCCUGUCAGGCUAUCAUCUCUAAACCCUGCAAUCUCUCUCUCUCUCUCUCUCUCUCUCUGUACACUCAUGGUUUAUUAAUUUCCCCAAAAAUCAUCAUCAUCAUCAUCCAAAAAUGAUAAGCACCACCACCGCAACAGCGGCAGCAGCAACCUCGAGACUCAUAAUCUCAUACAUCGGGAACCGAGCCAUCUCUCCCCCUCUCUUCUUCACAAAAAAGCUCUUGUUCCCUUCUUACUCCACUCUACACUCCCACCGUUACUCCCAUUUCUCUUCCUCUGCCCUAGCUUCUCCUCUUACUGACACUAAUACAGCCGCUGAUUUACCGGAAUCAGGCGUUAAUUCGCACCACCCGUGGCCCGAAUGGGUGCUUUUCGUCGACCGAUUGAAUUCGAAAGGCUAUUUAUCGAAUAGCGGUGCUGAUAGUCCUCAAAUUGCGCGGAGAAUUGAUUAUAAGGAUAUGAACAUGAUGAGAGACGCUUGUCUUAGCUUUGCUCGUGACCGUCUCGAUAUUUUCCAGUCGUUGUCAAGGCCAUAUAUUCAGGCUGUAGUGGAGAGAGGAUGUCCUAAUGUGUUCAGAAAAUCUGUUAAUUCAGGGAAAAGGUUGAGAGUAUAUAUGCAACUUGACGAAGGAGAUGUGUGCAGCAAUUGCUUGCUCCGAGGAUCUUGUGACAGGGCCAAUGUGAUAGUAAAAGAUUCAGAAGCAGCGGCAGGCACAGUGGAUAUUGUGCGUAUAUUACUGGCCUAUGCUUUAGAUUCAGCUGUUGUUACUGGAGAAAAGUUUCCUGGUAGAGAACAUAUCGAAGUAUCUGCAAGAAAAUUGCUGUUGGAGUUAAUUGAAUUGAGUGAGACGGCUCCAAAUCCUGAAUUUUCAAAGCCUGUGGCAAUAGCACCGAACCAAAAGAAGAAAUCUUCACUUUUGGCAGAUGAAAAUCUUUCACCAGAUAUUGAAUUGAAGCGAGGAGAUUGGAUGUGCCCCCAAUGCAAUUUCUUGAACUUUUCUAGAAAUGUGAAAUGCCGAGAAUGUGGUGAAGAUGGACCUAAGAAGGUCAGUCGUGCUGAAGUUGAAAUGAAGCAAGGAGAUUGGAUUUGCCCAGAUUGUGGUUAUAUGAACUUCUCCAGAAAUGCAAGCUGCAUAAAAUGCAACGUGGAGGGUCCUAAGAGAGUUCGUGCUGAUGCUAUUGAAAUGAAGAAAGGAGAUUGGAACUGUCCACAGUGUCAGUUCAUGAAUUUUGCAAGCAACAAGAAGUGCAAGCGUUGCCAAGAAGUGCGUCCGAAGAGGGAGCUUAUCCCUGGAGAUUGGGAAUGCCCCUCAUGUGAUUUUUUAAAUUACGCAAAGAAUGUGAUAUGCCGUAAGUGUGAUGGUGAUCGCCCAAAUGAAAAAGUGGAUACACGUUAUGAAGACCAGUUAUGGAGGAAGCCCUCAAGCCCUCUCCAAGGCAGGUAGCUUGAUAAAGCUCAAUAUCCUAAACGAGAAAUGAUGAUCUAUAUGCAUGAAGGUUGGAUUUGUUAUUUGCCAAUGCUCUGUAUUCCAUGCAUUUGGCUCUUCUAGUGCUAUUCCACCAGCUAGAAGAAGAAAAAGAAACCAUAGUUGGUCUCUUGCAUGUGAUUUCUCUAGUUAGGUUACUUUUGUAAGUUAUGAUAGUUCUUCUUAGGGUUUUGUCACAUAUUCAAAUCAUCUUGGUUGAUAUUUGAUAUUAUUAGAACUGUUUUUUGUGGCAGUGUAUAAUGUCUACUGAACCGAUUAGAAGAAACAUCGGACAUGCUCUUAUGAGGAAUGUUAGCGAACUUCCUGUUAUUUUAUCGAUCAUGUCAGGAGUCUUGAUAUAUUUAACAAUAUAUUUUAUAGUGAAUGCAAUUUUAACUCCUCGCAUCA